AACCUGCUCAGGGGAAGGGCAAUACUGUCCACUCACGUGGAGGGCUUAAAGCUUUUCAAACGCCAACCCCCCCCCCCCGAGGGAAAGGAAUCAAACGACGUCGUUGUUCUCCUCGCAGGCUGCGGUCUCUUGUACCUAACAAAUUUUGCCACGCUCAUCCUCUCGCCCCUGUUGGACUGUAAUCGGAAUGAACAGAGAAGAAGACUAAAAAACAAAGAAAUUUUGAUAGAGGGAUCCUUCUUUUUCUUUUUUAUUUUUUUUUUAUUUUUGAGAGAGAGAGAGAGAGAGAGAGAGAGAGAGAGAGAGGGUGGGGUGUCAUGCUCUCUUCAGCUGUUCGUCAAAUUUUGUUUGCUGUGUUUCAUUUUAUCUUCAUUGCUCAUUUGUUCAUCACUUGCUGAACAGUGUGUUUUUGGAUGGGAGUGCCCUGAGCUGGAAACCAACUGGGUUUUGCUUUCUUCCGCUUUUUAGUAAGCUUUUUGGGUGUGGUUUUUACAUUCUUGACUUUAAUGUUUUCCACUCGAUUUUGCUUCAAAGUGUUGUCAAAAGUUGCUUUCUCUUGACAUUUUUUAUUGCAAUUAUCACAGCACUAUUAGUUUUUUUUUUUGAAGUCUCUGUUACAGACUUAACAGCUUUAUUUUUCUGCGCCUUCCCUUACAGUUUCAUUCCAGUCAUUUUUAUUUUCUAUUUUUGUGAGGUGUUUUGCAGGGUAAUACGCGUCGGCGCUGCGUUUAUGCUUAUCUGUGGGUGCUGGGUACUGGGUAGUUCAUGGAUUAGGAGUUGUCGUUCUUCUGGGUCAUUUUUCUCAGUGUUCUUUCCCUUUUCUGCCCAUUUUAGUGGGCUUCUGCAAGUGUUGGGAUCUGGGUUUGGAGAUUUGAGUCUCAGAUCGAGUGCUUGAUUAUUGAUUUACUGCUUAUUGGGUCGUUGAGAGUGAGAGAUAAUGGCAGGAGGAGGAGCGCAGAAGGCAGAUGAGCCACAGCCACAUCCAGUAAAGGAUCAGCUACCCAACAUUUCUUACUGCAUUACAAGUCCUCCCCCAUGGCCGGAGGCUAUUCUCCUUGGUUUCCAACAUUAUAUAGUUAUGCUUGGCACGACAGUGCUCAUUCCCACUGCUCUUGUGCCCCAGAUGGGAGGAGGAAAUGAGGAGAAAGCAGAGGUUAUCCAGACCCUUCUCUUUGUUGCUGGUUUGAACACAUUACUGCAAUCUCUGUUUGGGACUCGAUUGCCAGCUGUAAUCGGAGGGUCCUAUACGUUUGUUCCCCCGACAAUUUCAAUCAUCUUGGCUGGCAGAUUUAGCGAUACGUUGGACCCUAUAGAGAAAUUCAAAAGGACUAUGCGGGCCAUCCAAGGUGCACUCAUUGUUGCUUCAACUCUUCAGAUUGUCCUAGGCUUUAGUGGUCUUUGGCGUAAUGUUACAAGGUUUUUGAGCCCACUUUCUGCUGUUCCUUUGGUUGCUUUGGUUGGUUUUGGGCUUUAUGAGUUGGGAUUUCCUGGAGUUGCAAAAUGUGUGGAGAUUGGCCUCCCUCAGCUUAUUAUUAUUGUGAUUAUAUCACAGUACUUGCCACAUGUUAUACGUCCAGGGAAAAAUAUCUUUGACCGCUUUGCUGUUAUAUUCUCAGUGGUGAUUGUAUGGAUUUAUGCUCACCUGCUCACUGUUGGUGGUGCUUAUAAGAAUGCAGCACCAAGGACACAAGUAACUUGCCGUACUGAUCGAGCUGGACUUAUAGAUGGUGCUCCAUGGAUAAGAGUUCCAUAUCCCUUUCAAUGGGGAGCACCGUCAUUUGAUGCUGGUGAAGCCUUUGCCAUGAUGGCCGUUUCAUUUGUUGCUCUUGUAGAGUCUACUGGUGCAUUUAUUGCGGUGUCAAGGUAUGCAAGUGCGACUCCCUUACCACCUUCCAUUCUCAGCCGUGGUGUUGGCUGGCAGGGAAUUGGCAUCUUGUUGUCUGCGUUAUUUGGGACUGUGAAUGGAUCUUCAGUAUCUGUGGAGAAUGCUGGUCUUUUAGCAUUGACACGUGUUGGCAGCAGAAGGGUUGUGCAAAUAUCGGCAGGGUUCAUGAUUUUCUUUUCCAUUCUUGGAAAAUUUGGAGCAGUCUUUGCUUCAAUUCCACCCCCAAUUUUUGCUGCUUUGUACUGUCUCUUCUUUGCCUAUGUGGGUUCGGUGGGUCUGAGCUUUCUUCAGUUCUGCAACCUCAACAGCUUCCGAACAAAGUUCAUAUUGGGCUUCUCUGUCUUCAUGGGCCUCUCCGUGCCACAAUACUUCAAUGAGUAUACAGCCAUAAAGGGAUAUGGUCCAGUCCACACUGGGGCAAGAUGGUUCAACGAUAUAAUAAAUGUUCCCUUUUCAUCAGAAGCAUUUGUCGCAGGCAUCUUGGCAUUUUUCUUGGACAUCACGCUGCAUAGAAAGGAUAAUGCAAUUAGGAAGGAUAGGGGCAAGCAUUGGUGGGACAAGUUCCGGUACUUCAAGACCGACUCAAGAAGUGAGGAAUUUUAUUCCUUGCCAUUCAAUCUCAACAAAUAUUUCCCAUCUGUGUAACUUGUGUGGCAUUUCGAGCUCAAAAUUGAUCUAUAUCAAUUCCUGCUCCUUCAACGGCCCUUCAUUGCAUGCACUUGGUGUCAUUGUUCUGUCUUCUGGUCUUCUACUUCUGGAUCUUACUACAUGCUAUAGCAGUAUAACUAGUUUGCUCCCUUCAGAGGAUCCCUUAGAACAUUCUAUUUUUUCCAUUUUUGUUGUUGUAAAUCCAAUGGGUGAAAAUGAAUGUGAAAUAGCAAUGAAGCAAGUUUGUUGCCUUUUUUCCUUA